AUGGCAGAAUUAUUAGUCGGGGAAAAGAGAAAGGUGUGCGGGAUCCGCCGCAUCGUGAGGCUGAUGGGAUUCGUGCGAAAGUGGAAACGCAUCGCGCGUAACAAUUCCGGAAGGAGGACGACGACGACAACGGUGGAGACGACGGCUAGCGUUUCGCCGGCGGCAAAGAGCGCCGAUUGCGAGAGGCAGGCGCCGGCGGACGUGCCGAAGGGGUACAUGGGGGUAUACGUGGGGCGGGGGGAGCUGCUGCGGCGGUUCAUAAUUCCGACCACCUAUCUAAGCGAUCCGCUGUUCAAGGUGUUGCUGGAAAAAGUGGAAGAGGAGUUCGGGUUUGAGCACCGUGGCGGGCUCAUAAUCCCGUGCGAAAUCGAGACCUUUAAAUAUUUGCUGAAAUGCAUGGAGAUUCAUGAGAGAGAUCAACGCCGCGGUGGCCGCGCCGGCGCUGCUGCUGCUAAACUUUCGGUGUCUACGGCGGCCAAUGCCGCGUAG